AUGGAGGGUCGUCCGCCGCGCGAGCGGCGACGGGUCGGAGCGCUUCUGAAUGCGUAUUACCACAUCGAGGGUACGGAGAAGAAGGAUCCAGCAGUGGCUGUUCCCGGCGGUAGUGAUCUCGACAAGGUUGGCUUUGAUGCAAAGCGCUACUUUGAUGGCCUUGUAUCCUCCGGUCAACUGCCAGAGCUAGUCAAGCGAGCCAACGAGCUCGAUGCGGAGAUCAAGGAUCUUGAUGGCGACAUGCAAAUGUUAGUUUAUGAGAACUACAGCAAGUUCAUUCGAGCAACGGAUGUUAUCAAGCAGAUGAAGUUCACGAUAGAGGGACUGGAUCCUGACCUGAAAGUGCUGGACGGGAAUGUCUCCAGGAUAACAGAACACCAGAAGAAGGUUGAAGAUGGAACAUCAGGCAGAGCCGGGCGGAUCGAGGACUUGCUGAAGCAGCAGCGCGUGUGUCGCAAGCUGCAGGUGCUUUUCGAGCUUCCUGCAACGCUUCAGAAGUGCCUCGAUCGAAGGGCCUACGGAGAAGCCGUGGAAGCCUACUGCUGCUGUUCCGGCUUCCUGCGUCAGUACAGGCACAUGCCCACGUUCCAGAAGGUGCUGGAAGAGGUUGAGCUGCAGAUGGGUCGCAUCCGUGUGGCCCUGGAAGAUCGCCUGCGCUCUCCGGAGCUCUCCGUGGAUGAAGCCGUGAACAGCUCCGUGACCCUGCUGGAUCUUGGGGAGGAUCAGGUCAAAGUUUCCAGCGAGUACCUCACUGGGAGGAGUGGCGCGCUUCGAAGCAGUCUUUCAGCCUGCUUCGGUCCGCAUGAGGAGGCUCCAGGUCCUGAUCCGGGUGAAGAAGAGCUCACGAAGGACCAGGAAGAACUUCGGCGACCUGAGAGCAUGGCCUUGCAUGGCGCCUGCCGGCGAGCUACAGAGACCUACGUGCCGAUGCUCUGCGAUGCAGUUGAGGGUUUUCAGAAGCUGCUUGAGGUUCGAUCCGGAUCUGGAUCUGCAGUUGAUGAGAACGUGCUGCCCGAGUUCGUGAGUGCCAGAAUUGAAGAUCUUUGUGAUCGUAUCACACAGUUGGUGGACACAAAAUGCCCGCCAACACGUGUGCUGGUCUCUUGCAUCCACGCUGUCCGAGACUCGUUAAGGCGCCUUCACUCUCUUCUGCCAGCUUUGUUAACACGGCUCUUUCGUGCUUUCCUUGGUCGGACGGCCAUGGAUGCAAUGAAAGCCCUGUUUACCACGGCCUGCUCGGCGAUGCUGAUGGAGAUGUGCAAACUGCACCAGGAAUGCAAGAAACUGAGCGAGUCCAAUAGUUCGGGCUUGGACGACGUGCUCGAAGAAAUUGCGAAAACCGAGCAGUCUGUCAUCAUGCAUGGGUUCACGGCGUUGACGGAGUGUCAGCCGCUUCAAAGCCUCCUUGGCCCAGACAAGGUGGCUGGGCAGCAACUUGUCAAAGGCCUCCACUCGCAGCUUAUUGCCUUCUUUGCGACCUUUACAGAGAUCUGUCGCAUGUAUGUGGGGAGCGAGCUUGGCGAAGCUUUCCUGCCACUUCCUGUCGCCAACGAAGUGAAGCAGGUAACUGACCUCGAGUGGUGCGGUCUUUUUGCCUUGGCUUUGGUGCGAGUCGGCCGACACCUGGAAGUCAAGGCCAUCAACAAGGUUUGGGGCGUUGCAAAGGACCUCUUUGAAGGUUCCGAAGCUGCAGCUGCUGAGCUCCAGCCAAAUGCUGCAGUCUUGAAGUCGACGCGAAAUGCGGCGCAAGCAGUGAUCACACAGUAUGCCACCAUGAGUGGACAGCGGCUGGCGCACUUCUUUCGGAACUCCGUGCAGAGUCGGAACUGGAUGACAGUGCGGGAGCCACAGGAGCCGCGCAAGGUGGUGGAGAUGGUGCUCCGGGAGGUGCAUGCUUUCGACGCGCAGCUGGCGCGGCUUCUGGGCGACCCCAGGAAGCCGAAGACAGGUGACCACCGACGUAACUUGUCCCGCUUCAAGAACUCCAUGGAGCUCGAGGUGGAACGCCUCUGGGCCAAGAAGCUCCAGGUGUUCGCCCCGAUUCCCUUCAACAGGAAUGGUGCAAUCGUCGGCAUACUGCGAAUUGCUUUCAAGGCCUUCUUCGAGUAUGUGCGGGAAGAGACAUUCGGGAAGUAUGGGCUGCAGCAGAUUCAGCUGGACUGUGCUUUCAUCGCAGAAAUGGUGCGGGACUUUGUGGAGACCGACGACGCAAGUGUCCUGGACAGCUUGCUGGACGAGGUCGUUGCUUCUGCACAGCUUCGUUGUGUCGAGCCAGUGGCGAUGGAUGCGUCAGUGGUGGAAGCCCGAUGUGAGGAGCAAAAGAAGAAGUUCAGAUUCGACUAG